GAGAAGUGAGGCGGCCACCAUGGAGCCUUCGAUGUGCCUCUUCCUCCUCCUGACCCUCCUCUGCAGCUCACUCGCAGGGCCAACAAAGGUGACUUUGCAAGUAAAACUGACCGAGGCAUCUCAGGCCAAGACCUCCCAAGACUCCGGCUUUCUGGACAUGCUCCAAAAGAUCUGCCUCCUCCUCCACCUCUCACCGGGGACCAAUGUCACCCUUCAUCAUAAAGGGCCACCACACCACCUUACCUGCAGAGCCUGAGAGCAGCUGAAGCCUGCGUGGGCCUGGAGCGGUCAGCCUUUGGGGAGUGAGCAUGCCUUGGACCUAGCAGGCCCUUGUCCCGCUGCAGGCUAAUAAACGUGGA